AUGGCCUCAGCACUUGCUAUUGGAACUGGUGUCGCUGUCGCUGCAUUCCUAGGUCGUGCAGGACUUGUCGCAUGGCGGCGUUCGCGGGGCGGCGUCGGAGCAUUAGGAAAAGCCUUUUAUAAGGGUGGUUUCGAGCCACGAAUGACCAAAAAAGAAGCCUCUCUAAUACUAUCUCUCAAUGAGCGAGCGAUCACGAAAGAAAAAGUCCGAAAAGCCCACCGAACACUCAUGCUUCUAAACCACCCCGACCGAGGCGGAAGUCCAUAUCUAGCUACAAAGGUCAACGAAGCGAAAGAAAUCUAUGGCUAA